AUGGAGUUUGAAGAAGAAGGGUAUCGAUUUCAUCCAAGAGAUUCAGAGUUAUUCACAUACCUUCUUAGGUUUAUCGCUCAAAAAGAUUUGUGUGACAAUGGUUUUAUUACGGAGUGUGAUGUUUAUAAACAAGAACCAUGGGUAACUUAUGGCUAUGGGAGCCAUUGUGGGGGAGAAGACAAUGGCGAUACUAAUAUUUUUCGAUACUUUAUUUCCCCGAGGCAUAAGAAGAAUAAAAGUGAUAAGAGAUUUUGCAGAGUUGUAGGUAAUAAUCUUGGGACUUGGAAACAGCAAGAUAAGGGGAAAUGGGUUAGGAGUAAACAGAGCAAGCCUUUGAAUAUGGGACGCAAGAAGAGUCUCAAUUAUGAUACUAAGAUAUGUUGUCCCGAUGAUAGAAAGUGGCUCAUGAAGGAAUAUGUUUUUUGCGAAGCUAUUCUUAAAAAGUUCAAAAACUCUAAUUUUAGAGAUUAUUGUAUUUGUGCUAUAAAAACGAAAAAUUCUGCUAAUCCUUCUCGAAGUAGUAAUGUGAGUACAGCUGUUGUGGAUUUUUCUGAUGAACAGAAGUUGGAUACAGAGUUGUUUUCAGGGGUAAAUUCUGUUGAGCUGCGGAUGGAUCAGGAAUAUAAGGCGAUCACUCCUAUCAAUAUUGUUGAACCAGUGUUGCAAAUUCAAGAGUCUUCAUCAGAUGAAGAGAAGAUCAAUGCUCUAUUUGAAAAUCCAGCGAUGGAAGUUGAUGAUGUUGAGGUGCAAAUUCAAGAAGCUGCUGGUGAAGGAAAUGGUGUUUUGGAAUUUGAGAACACAAUACCAGAAAAUAAUCUGCCUAAGGAACCAGCACACCUGCAGCGAGGUUUUAUUAUUGAGGACUGUAAUGCAUAUUCGGAACUUCAAGCCAAUAAUACAAACUGUGUUGGACUUCUAACUGGUUGUGGGGACUCUGCAAUCAGGAACAAUUGGGAGCUAAAUACUUUUUCUCCGAUUCAAGAACAUAUGAUUCCUGACUUUGCGAAUGUCAAGUCAAAUAUAACUAUGCCUGAAAUAUAUGGUACUUUGGCUGAAUAUAUGGAUGCCGAUGUAUUGAUGAAUCUGGACAAUAAGCUGAUCAAUGCUUUUGAUUUUUCUAAACAAGCAAUAGUAGAAUCUAAUCAACAUCAGGUGCAGAUCACUCAAGAGGCUGCUGGUGAAGCGAAUGGUCUGUUGGGGCAAACUGUGCCUUUUUUUCAAAUUAAAGAAUUUGUGAUGCCAGAAAAUAACUUGCCUGAAAUGUUCGAUAUGGGUUACACAUUGUUGGAGAAGAGUCAGACACAAGAAGAAUCUAUGACACUUUGUGAAACAGAAAAAUCGAGCUUUGUUGAUGACCUUACAGAAGCCUUGUUAGAUGAUGUGCCUCUGAAUGAUAGAUUGGAUGCAAAUAGGGAGAGUAAGAAAACAUUAUUGUUGGACCAACAAUCUUGGCAGUCUAACGCGCAUUUACAAGAUAUGCUGCUCUGA